GAUUAUUUUGUGAAACAAAUGAAAGCCUGUCUCAUGCAAGCUGCAGUGAUUUUUAUAUAUUAUCUUGGUGUACAAAAUGUGAUGACGGCAGACAUUGAAAGUGUAGAACUCAAAGUUCACGUAGUGGAACUACUUGCAUACGUGUUUCGAUAUGAUGACAAACCAUUCCGAGACGAAGUAAUGAGGCUAGAAAAAUUGUAUGCAGCUAAAUGGAUUUACGAUCUAUUCAAAAAUAUCAAUCCCAAUGAUGCCAAUUUACUGCAGACGUACUCAGAAAAUUAUAAACGACUAUCUGAUAUAAAGCCGAAUUCAGAUCUUGAUUACCAUUCCUAUAGUUUAAUAGAAUCUGCAAUAAAGAAGAAGUGGAAUGCGAGAUUAUACUUUGACCUAGCAACCAACAUAUACUUGAACAUGAAAACUUCAUCCAAAAGCUCGUCUUUGACAGAAAAUAACGGGAAAUCACUUGAUGAAAGAAAAUCAACUCUGGAACAAACUGAAAAACAAUAUAAAGAGUCCAAAUACGCGGUUGAAAUGGAUGUAUCUAAAUUGAACCCACAACUCAAAGAAAUGCAGGAAAACAUUGAUGAAAUGGCAGAACAACUCGAAAUCGAAACGCAGAAUUUGAAGGCAACUGAAGCUGAAGCCAAAAACACAUUAAAUUCGAACGACCGAAAACAUUUGGAACAUUUUGCAGAAGAUAUUAAACAGAAAAUCGAUGACUAUAAAGCAAAUCCGGAAAUUAUAGCUGCAAAAGACAAUAACCAACAUGCCGCCAUGAAAUACUUCAGUGCUCUAGAGCAGUGUUUCGCUUUUUCCUGGAUCUCUUCAACAAAUACUGUACACUGUUAAUUUUGAGAAAAUGAAGUUCAUUUUCAUCAUGGUUUACAGAUAAUCAUCUUAAAACAUUGAAAAUUAUGGAAGUUCAAAGAAUAGAUGUCCUUGAAUUACUUCCAUUAGAGGAAAGAAUAAAAAUCUACGAAAGUAUAAUGCAGGAAGAAAGAAACCAGAAGAAUGAACGAAACUUCAACAAAACAAAAUAUUGUUCUCAAACUGUUGUAAUAAAAAUUCUGUCAACUUUUUCAUUAACUGAAAAACCGAAAAACAGUAUUAAUGUUCAUUUUAUUCAAGUGUCUUUUCAUUAAAAUAACGUUAUGCAUUGUAUUGACAGAUUUUGCAACAGUUCAAAUUAUUGGCAAAGAUGGACAAUGUCUAGCUGUGAAAUCCGGUUUAAAGCACGUUUCUUACUAAUCGAGACACAUCAGUUUGAUGUACCUGCAUCUCAGGAGCGAUUUUCACCCUGCGAUUCGAUCCCAGUAUCGUUUGCCUCAAUCGUCAUUGCGUUAUCCACAUAGUUGCUGAGACCUGAGAGUUACUUGCUUGUGCAAUAGAUUUCCAUUCAUCAGUUUUAUUCUGAAUUUAAACAAAUCGCUUAUAACUGUGUUGUGUAAAGCGAUGAUCAAUAAACUACUUUCUAAUGACAAUAAAUUAUCGAAAAAACAAUUAAUUUAGCCGGAUUAGUUGUGAGAUGGUAACUCACUGAACACAAUAAUAUCAGCAUAUCAUUUUCCGAGAGAAAAAGCCUAUUUCGUUAGUUAU